UUCCUUUUUAAAAUUAUUGCUGAAUGGCAGGAGAGGAGAGCACCAGCAGUGAUAAGAAAGGAAGAAAGCUUUCCUCACUUUGAAUUGCUCAGAUUUCAUUCUAAUCAUAAAAUAUUGUCAAGUUCAUUCUUGUGGGUUGCUCAGUCUAUCCCAGUCCUUUAUAGAAGAGGACUCAAGGACAGCCAAGCCCUGUUUGUACCCAGGAGGGGAGAAUGCCAUCCCCUGGAACUACUUCUCUGCCGCUCACUCCACGAGCCCUCUCUGCUUCUCCGUCUGUAGGAACCUGGGACGGAAAACAGUCUCAACAAUGAAUAGGCCACCCAUCGCGACUGACUACAGAUGACUUGCCAUUUCAUUUACCAAGAUGUCGUCUGCUGCUGAAAAUGGAGAUGCAGCUCCUGGAAAACAAAAUGAAGAAAAAACCUACAAAAAAACUGCAUCAUCUGCUAUCAAAGGUGCUAUUCAGCUGGGAAUAGGAUACACAGUGGGUAAUCUCACUUCCAAGCCAGACCGAGAUGUUCUCAUGCAAGACUUUUAUGUGGUGGAAAGUGUGUUCCUACCCAGCGAAGGGAGCAAUCUGACCCCAGCACAUCACUACCCAGACUUCAGAUUUAAGACAUAUGCUCCACUAGCAUUCCGAUAUUUCAGAGAACUUUUUGGUAUCAAGCCUGAUGAUUACUUGUAUUCCAUCUGCAGUGAGCCUCUCAUAGAGCUGUCCAACCCCGGAGCCAGUGGAUCCUUGUUUUUUGUUACCAGUGAUGAUGAAUUUAUCAUCAAAACAGUUCAGCAUAAAGAAGCAGAGUUCCUUCAGAAGCUACUGCCAGGCUAUUACAUGAAUUUAAACCAGAAUCCAAGGACUCUUUUGCCAAAAUUUUACGGACUGUACUGUGUUCAGUCAGGGGGCAUUAACAUCAGGAUUGUGGUGAUGAACAACAUCUUGCCACGCUCCAUGAGAAUGCACUUUACGUACGACUUGAAAGGCUCGACGUAUAAGCGAAGAGCAUCCCGAAAAGAGAGAGAGAAAUCCAACCCCACGUUUAAGGACUUAGAUUUCCUGCAAGACAUGCACGAAGGGUUGUAUUUUGAUACAGAAACAUACAAUGCGCUCAUGAAAACACUUCAGAGAGACUGCCGGGUACUGGAAAGCUUCAAGAUCAUGGAUUAUAGCCUCUUGCUGGGAAUCCACAUCUUGGACCAUUCCCUCAAAGAGAAAGAAGAAGAGACCUCACAAAAUGUGCCUGAUGCUAAGCGGCCUGGGAUGCAGAAGGUCCUCUACUCAACAGCAAUGGAAUCCAUCCAGGGUCCAGGGAAACCUGGAGACGGGGUCAUCGCAGAGAACCCGGACACAAUGGGAGGCAUUCCAGCUAAAAGCCAUAAGGGAGAAAAACUACUUUUAUUUAUGGGCAUUAUAGACAUUCUGCAAUCAUAUAGGUUAAUGAAGAAGUUAGAACAUUCCUGGAAAGCUCUUGUUUAUGAUGGGGACACCGUUUCAGUUCACAGACCAAGCUUUUAUGCAGACAGAUUUCUUAAGUUUAUGAAUUCCAGAGUUUUCAAGAAAAUUCAAGCUUUGAAGGCCUCUCCUUCUAAGAAACGGUGCAACUCCAUCGCUGCCCUGAAGGCAUCCUCACAGGAGAUUGUGUCCUCAGUUAGCCAGGAAUGGAAGGAUGACAAGCGCCAUUUGCUGACUGAAGGGCAAAGUUUCAGCAGCCUUGAUGAAGAAGCGCUGGGAUCUCGACACAGGCCAGACCUGGUGCCUAGCACGCCAUCACUGUUUGAAGCUGCUUCCUUGGCGACCACAAUUUCAUCUUCUUCCUUGUUUGUCAGUGAACAUUAUUCACAGGACAGGACUACGCUUUAUUCAAACAGUCAAGGGGUACCUUCCAGUUCAACAUUUACCUUGGAAGAGGGGACCAUCUACUUGACUUCUGAGCCAAACGCCCUGGAAAUGCAGGACGAUAAUGCCUCUGUGCUCGAUGUGUAUUUAAGUUGGAGCCUCCACUGCCUCAACCAGAUGCUGAAUGUCAAAAAGCAGAGUGUCUGUUUGAUGAACUGGAGGACAACAGGAACUUUGCGCGACCCAGGUGCCCUAGAUGAGGCCACCUAUGAAAAACUGGCAGAGGAGACACUGGACUCUUUGGCAGAGUUUUUUGAAGACCUUGCAGACAAACCUUACACAUUUGAAGACUAUGAUGUCUCCUUUGGGAGUGGUGUUUUAACAAUUAAACUGGGUGGAGAUCUAGGAACCUACGUGAUCAACAAGCAGACCCCAAACAAGCAAAUCUGGUUGUCUUCACCAUCCAGUGGACCCAAGCGCUACGACUGGACUGGGAAAAACUGGGUGUACUCUCACGACGGCGUGUCCCUCCACGAGCUGCUGGCCGCGGAGAUGACUAAAGCCUUGAAAACCAAACUGGACUUAUCUUCUCUGGCCUAUUCCGGAAAAGACACUUGAUGCCCAGCCUAAUUCUAAGGACAUUAAAAACCAUAAAGCCAAGACCUCAGCUUUGUUCUGCUGUGGAAUGUCUAGUUUGUUCCAUUCCUGCUUUAGAGGACAGUUUCAUUGUGCGUAACAGCUCUGUGCAAAGAAUACGUCGCCUUUUAAUUUUCA